AUGAAUGAGCUUAUUUUUCAAUCACAUCUAGGGAGCAUCAAUCUUCCAUCUCUUCAAUCUGAAUUUGAAAAUACACAAAAUUUUGCUGAGAAAUGCAAGAGGAAGUUGGCGGAAAAAGAACAAAUGAGGAUGGUGCAAUCUGAGCUUGUAAAAUUGGAAGAGCAAAUAUCUUCGGCUAAUCAGUUGCUAGCAUAUGAUGUAGAUCUAAAGGAUGUCAAUAAUCCAGAAGAUAUUGGAGAAAAAGCGAGAAAUAUUGAAAAUAUGGAGCAAUUAAUAGUUUUAGCAUUGGAUAAGUUGAAAGAUAAUGAUCGUAGUAUGAUGACUAACGAACAACGUAUUAAUAUGGAAAAGAUGUUGGAUGAAGCAAUGCCUCUUAUCGAUAAGCUGCGUAUUUUACGGGAAUAUAUCAUAGCUGAAAAGGAAUUAGAAGAUCAAAUAGGAUCUAUUAAGGAUAAUAUCGAAGGAUUAUUUAUUAGAUAUUUACAACCGCAACCGUACACAACAGCAAUCAACGAUAUAGGCACACUGCAACGAUCGCAGAAUCAGAUCAUGGAUUUAUUGCACAGAACGAUGGAUAAGGAACAGAUCGUACUACAAAACUUACCUAGCUAUCAUUUAGCAGUCAAUACAAUGAUGCAAAAAAUUGAAAAAACUGCUGAAGAUAUUAAGAAAUUGUUGUCAACACUUACCGAAGAUGUCUCAAUACAAGAACAACUUGUUGAAAUGCAAAAUGAUUUGAUUAGCCGAUUAAUUGAAUUGAGUAAUCGUGUCAUAGUGGUUCGCAGUGCACCGUAUGAUGAAACACAACCUCUACGAUUAGAAGAAUUGAAAAAUGAACUUGGAGAAGUAAGCAAUAUAUUGGAAGAAUUGAAGGAAAAGGAAAGCAAACCAACAAAACUGGUGCUACAUUCGGACGAUUUAAAAAUGCUAUCCGUAGUUGAUCAGUAUGAAAACCUUAAUCGGUGUUUGAAUGAAACCGAAAAGGAAUUGGUGAAUAAAGUUGCUUAUAUAGCACUGCAGUCGACAAUUACCAAGGAAACUGAAGAGCUACAGCAUAUGGUGGUUGAAGCGUUUAAAUUUGAAAGUGAUGUCAGCGCGACAACAAGCAAUUUACAGAAGGCAGUUGAUGAUCUUAAAAAUGGUCGAUCACAUUUAAUAGCAUUACAAAAUGCAUAUGAUGAAUUAGAAGGAAUACCGGAUACGGAUUCGUUACGUCAAAAGAUAAUUGAUGAAAUUUCGACACUAAGUGAACAAUACGAUGAUGUUGAAAGAAAGUUGGAAGAUCGACUUGAUAUGCUGAAUAAAUUUGAUGAAAUAGCGGAUAAUGUAAACAAAAAGUUGAUGGAUCUCGAAAAUAAUGUACAUCAACUAGAAGUUCCAAGUGCCAGCUGCGAAUUAUCUGUUGCCGAUAAAGGAUUCAAUGAUGUUAAUAAAUUACGAGAAUCAUUGGAAAAAUUGUCUGAAUUGAAGGAACAAUUAACACCAUUAUUGAAGCCUGCUUUUGCAGUUGAAGAUUUCGAUAAUCGUUUAUCAAAUGUGAACAAAAUUUUUCAACAAUGGCAAAAUGAGAUUGUGCAUAAGAAGCAAGAACUGGAGGCUGAAAAUAAUCUGUCAAGUUUGAUCAAUGAUUUUGAGCGAACUCUUAUUAAUGCCGAAAAUGAUUUUGAAAAGCUUGAAGGAAGAAUGAAUGCAUUGAAGAAUUUCAGAGAUAUGAUUUUGCCAAUGGUAAUUGAAAAAUCUGAUCGUGUAAGAGAUCUAAUACUGCCAGUAAGAACUGAAAAUAUUCAACAGCUUUAUCAUGAUGUUGAUAUACUAACAGUUCGAUUUAAUAAUUUAUCAACACGUGUGAAUGAUAAAUUGAAUCACGCAAAGGAACAGGAGAAUCUACUUGAUAAUAUUCAACGAGAGCUUGAUAAUAUAGAACAAAAAGCUAAUGAUUUUCUCAAUAAAUAUAUCACUUCACAAGAUUUAUCAAUUGCCAUAGAAGAUUUCGAUCAGUUACAUUCUCUUCUGGAUCAAAUUCCGACAUCAGCAAUGGAAAAUAUCACUGAAUGUGAACUAAGAGAGAAUUUAUUGAAGAAAGCAGAUACUAUAAAGAACCAAAUCAAAAAUUUGCUCGUUCCACUCGAAAAAGAUAUAAGGAAUGAGCAAGAAUUGAUGCACGAUCUGCAUGAAAUAUUAUGUACACUAACCUCAAUUGGUGAUGAUGUUAUUGCAGUUGAUCCCAUUACUGAACCAUCACAACAAUUGGAGAGUAUUGGUCAAUUAACCGAAAAUUUACGAAAGCUCAAGGGGAAAGUUGAAAAAGUGGAAGGAAAGUUGCAAAGUUCGGAAGGUAUGGUAAAGCGUGCAUUAGUAACUGAUGAUCUAUAUGGUCGUAUUGUACAAUUACAAAAUGCACUUGAUGAUAAGAAAAGGAAGUUAACAGAUCGUGCCAAAUUAUAUGCUAUAACUCCAGAGAUAAGUUUAAUCAAUGAAAGUGUACAAAAUUAUGUCAAUGAAAUGGAGCAAAUACCGUUACAAACAGUUGAGGAGCAAAAUGCUGCGUUAAGUGAGCUCGAGGGAAAGAAACAUCAACUUGAAAAUCUAUUGGAAAAUAUUCCAUUAGAUGAUGAAGGUAAUGAGUUACGAGAGAAGGGUAGUAGACUACUGGGACAACUCAAUGAUAUUCUAAAACGGUUAGCUGGUGCAGUUGGGGAGAAGCUUGCAGCAUUAGCUGCAUUCAAUGCAAUCAAAGACGAAAUUGAAACACAACUGUCAUCAUUGCAAGCUAUACCGAUGUUGAUUUCUGAUGAAAUUACUAUAUCUGAACUUGAUAAUCGACUACAUAAUAUAAAUGAUAAAUUUGGUAGUUUGGAAAGACUUAAAAAUAAGAUAAAUGAUGCUGAUGAAAGAAAUCUUGAUAUGGAAAAAAUUACUGAAAAACAGAACAUUCUUCAUACAAUCGAAGAAGCUUUGGAUCGUCUCAAGGAUGAUCGACAAAUAAUAGAGAAGCGAGUCAAUGAUAUGCAUGCUGCAGAAAAAAAUGCAUGA